UGAAGCUGCUUCCGUGCUAAAGGGAGCCGGGUGGCUGGGAGGCAGGAGGGAUGGGAAGCGUUUGGGGGCUUCAGCGGGGGCAGGGUGUCAGGAGAGGGGGGCUGGGGGGAAAGAUGGGCAGCAAAGGAGGGAGUGGAAUCCGGACCCUCAGCCCAGAGCCAGGGGAGUGGUGCGCCGGGUCUCUCCCCUGUGGCUCAGGCGAGCAGCGAGAAGUCAGCCUGCAGAACUGGACAUUCCAGCUGUGCGUGAAGCCCUUCAUCCCCCGAUGUGGCCCCACUUCUGGGAAGGAAGGAAGGGAGGAAGGAAAGCCACCCUGAAGCUGGUUUAGGAAGAGGGGCCCAGCACUGGGGCCCAGCGGCUUUCACCUUGUUGCCAUUCUGUGUUAAAUUGGGUCUCUGCUCCUUGGGCAGUUGCGUGUUCUUCAGUGGAACCAUUCAGUGUGUGGCUCUUGAGGUCACUCCCCAACAUCCUCGUCUGAUGUUGAUAAACUGCUGUCAAGUCUUUGGGCAGCAGAAGUUGAUUGCCCACUGAACUGAGUAUUGUGGGAGAUGGAUUUAAAAGGGGCAAGAAAUCUUAAUAGGGAUUCUGGACAUUCCUUUUGGCGUUUGAAUGAGGGAGUCAAUAGUUUGACUUUUAUAUGUGAGAUUACAUUGAUUGCACAUCUGAGGGUGAAAGAGCUUGAAACUCAGAAGUGAACUUGAGAGAGUUGAGAAAUACAAUGUGCGUUUACUUGUUGUGUGACCGGCCACAGGAAUUUCUUCUCCCUCCCUUUUCUUGCUACUGUAGUGUUACAGGUGUUUCUCCUAAACAGCAUGGACAGACAUUGUGCCUUUUUUCUGAUACUCUGUCUGUUGUAAGCUUUAUGCCUGGUAGCUUUACAUGGCAAUGGGACAUUAUUAGGAAAUAAAUCUGAUGCAGACUUGGCUUUCUUUUUAUUUCUUGGACUUCUGGUUUUAGAAGUAGGGUUUUUUGAUGGCUUCAGUUUAGUCAGAUCUCUGGUAUUCUUUAGGCAAUAGCACAAAGGGCUGGUCUGAUUGGUUAGAUUGUACCAUAUCUCAGUUCAGAAGAGAUAAGGAAGGCUUUAAUCAAAUGCUUAGGGUUGUGGUAAUUCUAAAAGGAAUUGGUCCUGUCAGACACUGUAAGCUGCUAUUUUGAAUGUUUCAGAUGCCUCUGGAUGUUCCAUGGUAGCACUCUUCCAUAUUGGAACAGCAAAGAUUUCUCCAAUCUUACUUCCAAGGGUGAGACACGCUCUGUGCUUCUACCGCCUACGUUGCUUUCUUCAGGGGUGCGGCUCCACCGUAAACAGGAAACUGGCGUCCCACGGCUUUGGCGCGUCCAUGGCAGCAAUGUCAUCCUUCCCUCCACAGAGAUAUCACUACUUUUUAGUGUUGGAUUUUGAGGCCACUUGUGACAAACCACAAAUUCAUCCUCAGGAAAUCAUUGAGUUCCCCAUUCUGAAGCUAAAUGGCAGGACGAUGGAGAUUGAAUCCACCUUUCACAUGUAUGUGCAGCCGGUGGUGCACCCUCAGCUUACUCCCUUCUGUACAGAGCUGACUGGAAUUAUUCAAGGCAUGGUGGAUGGGCAGCCAAGUCUCCAGCAAGUGCUUGAGAGGGUCGAUGAGUGGAUGGCGAAGGAAGGCCUCUUAGAUCCUAGUGUCAAGUCGAUUUUUGUAACCUGCGGAGACUGGGAUUUGAAAGUAAUGUUACCAGGACAAUGCCAGUACUUAGGGCUGCCGGUUGCUGAUUACUUCAAACAGUGGAUUAAUCUGAAAAAGGCAUACAGCUUCGCCAUGGGGAGCUGGCCGAAGAACGGGCUCUUAGACAUGAACAAAGGACUCAACCUGCAGCACAUAGGGAGGCCUCACAGCGGGAUAGACGACUGUAAGAACAUCGCUAACAUCAUGAAGACGCUGGCCCAUAGAGGCUUCAUCUUCAAGCAGACCUCCAAACCCUUUUGAUCGGCGGGGCGGGCCGGACAGGGCUGCAUGCGGCCGGCCCCUCCGCUGCGGGAGGACGGGCGAUAGCAUUCGAACGGCAACCGAGGACAGAGGCGACGCCACACCCAACUCCGCUGUUCCGCCAGUAGAGGUUGUAUAUAUGGAAAGGAAAAUCUCUGUGUAGACCCGACGUGGACCCCCCCUGUCUGGGCUGCUCCGGCCAUCGCCCGCCAUGCUCCCGGAGCCGCCCGCGGCGCUUGCACCACCUGGUUAGAGCUGUAGUUCCUUCUUCUUUCUGUGCCCCUGGUUCCUGUUGCCCCCUUGUGCCCCCCCAGCCAUGGGUCGCCCUCUUUCUUUUCUGUGUUUGUUUCCCUGUCGCCAGGCCCUGCCAGGCGCUGCCGGGUGACCCGUCGGCGCUGCAUGGCAGCUCCAGCCUGACAUGGCGACAGGAGCCGCGCCCCCCCCGCCCUGCCCCUCCCAGCCCGCUCCUCACCCCUUUGCAGUGAACACUAACCCCGAUCCCGCUGUGUGUCCCCGCAACCCGGCUUUCUGCUCCAGCUCAAGUGCCUGUAUUCUCUGCCCGCCGGCUCGCCAGCCAGGGCUCUGGGCAGGGGGCGGGCGGUGGCAGGCAGCCUGGCCCUUCUGCUCCUGUCUGUCCCAGGGGGCAGGAGGGGGGCUCCUGCCCGCCCCCCUCCCCCUCCCCGGCCGAAGCGGUUCCAGCUCCUGGGGGCACCAGGUCCAUUGCUGGCAGUGGACGCACCAGCAAGUGCUGGCACAGAACGACGGUCAUUCCUCUGCCCCCCCCGUCCCACCGCUCCAGGCAUGGGGUCCGUCCGCUGAGUGAGCGCCCCCUCCCCUGCCCACCCACCUGAGCUGCAGCUCUGCCCUCGCCUGCCCCAUUACCCACGCUCCGGGCUCUGCCCCUCGCAGGCUCCCUGCCAAGCUCAGCAGCAGCUGGCUUGUUGCCUCUUCCCCUCUGACUGGGGGGGCACUUGGGCCCCAUCCAUCCAGGUGGGUUUGGGGGCAGGCGUGGGGCAGGCCGGGAGGCCGUCCCCCUCGGAGCCCAGGCUCCGUGGCAGCAGGGCCAUGGAGUUCCUGCGGCUCAGCCAGGACUCCAGAGCCCUGCUGAGCCAAGGCCUCGCCUGGCGCUGGCCCGUGGUGAUGCUGCAGCACCGGUGCCCGUGCCCAAGUGGCCCCGUGACCCGCCAGCACCCGGGCUCCCUCCCGCCCCGCAGCCAGGGGCUGAGCCAGCUCGGUCACCAGAAAGAAAAUACAGGCACUGAACGUAGCGGUAAACAACUGCAUGGUGUGUGGUGUCCAGCUCAACCAGCCGAUAACGCAACCCCACCAUCCUCAUCGUCUAGUUAUCCUGAUCCUUGCUGUAAAUGUGCCACAUGAAUAAAGUUUGGGG